AUGGAUUCAGAUGAAGAAGAUUUUAUUUUCUUCAGAACAACAAUAGAGCACGAGGAAGAUUCAAUCAACCACAAGAAGAAAGUUAUUGCUGAAUCCUUGGGUAAGGUUCAUGGAUCUUUGGAUCGUGCCAAAAAAGUGAGAAGGAAAACUCCUAAGAUUGUGAAGCAAGACAAGAAAAAGAAGUCACGCCGUCAUGCUUACAAGCAUAUGCAAUACAAUCGUCGAUUCCUUAUGUCUUCAUAUCUUUUUGCAUCACAAUACAACAACGAAAAUGUUGAAGAUGAAGCCUCAGUUGCAUCUGAAGUUGUUGUUUCUCUACCUUCCCUAAGUGAAAAUUCCAUGGAAUCACAAUUCCUGGUAAACCUACUGGAAGAUUCUCUGAUGGUCGCGUUGACACUGGUUAAAUUGUUAACACUCUUCUCUCUUUCUUUGUGA